AUGCUCCAUGAGGCGAGCUCCAUGAAUUCUGCUUAUUGGGAUGAAAUCCAAGAAUCUGCUGACUUUUUUGAAAGGACGCUUCCCAAGGCCGCAAUGCCAUCCUGCCACUGUUGGACCCUUGGAGAUGCGAUGGUGGCGCCGUGUGGACAGCAAGCGUACCGGCACACAGGAGUCGCCAGGAAAUCUUUUCCAGCCGCAUAUGGAUCUGAAGAAAGUUCAGAAGCUAAGCAAGCUGAGACUAUGUCAAAACCAGCCUUGACACUUAAGGGACACCUAGAGCACCAAUCAACUUUGAUGCCUCAACUUUUUGUGCCCACCAAACUCCCACGGUCAACAUUUCACUUCAGGCUAUCUCACGCAAAGGGGGCUCGCCGUUUGGAUACAGAGGGGGUGGUCGCAGGCAAUGUGACCAGACUAGGAGGUGCAGUUGUGCAUCAAUGGAAUGCUCGGUGCCACAAGAGUUGCCAGAGUUGCUCACAGCCCGGCCGCGACCGCUGCCGCACAUGCCCCAAUCAAUUGCCUUACCCCUACCUACCACCAAAGCCUCAGUUGCUCACUGAACCCACUGAGGGCCUUCACCUUGACAUUCUUGACUCUCAAUUUCAGGCCGUGCAGUAUUAUGCUCUCGUAGCCGCGCAUCAAGACGGUAGUGGUUAUUGCAUUCCAUUGGAAUUUGGGAGCAAUAAACGUGAAGCCACAGAUUCGGAGUGCCUCUCAACGGGCUUUUCGUGCACAGUCGAGAAUUUGAAAGCUUCAUGGAGAGAAUUUGCUGACACUUGGAACUCCACAAAAGCAAGCCACUGCCACUCAACAUGUUCUGUUUGUCGUGCCGACUGCUGCCGUGGAAAGGCUGACAAUUGCCUUGCCUGCAAAGGUCCACGCAAAGCCUUCCAUCCACUUUACCGAGAUGGAACGGGCCGUUGCAUAGACCUGACUCUUUCUGAUGAAGUACCGUCUGCUAAGGGCUUGGAACAACAAGGAGCUAUCGAAGGGACGCCAGUUCUGCAAGAACACAAGGAGAACAUCUCGAAAACAGAUGAGGCAAAUAGCUUUUCUGCUCUUCUCCAAUCCAUAGUCAGUGUUGCCGCUUCCGUGCCGGCUGCGCGCUUCACAGGGGAUCAAAAAGUUUCGGCUUUCGAGAGCGGAGCGACUAGAACGGGCCCAUCCUUCCUUCCACGACGUUCUCUCUGUGAAUCCCUGCCCCGCAAAGUUGGCGACAUGCCAGUUCGUGCCUGGUCUCAGCUCAUGUUUAUUCACGCUGACAAUAACUUGGAAGAGUCUGCCUUACUGGACUUGGAAGAGAUGUUGCACCCAUGGAGAGGUGAAAUAGUGAAACGGCAAGCGCGGGCUUCUUUGCGAGGAAGAGGCACACCGCCCUUACCAGUUGGCGGUUCCGCGCUCAGUGGGUUGACUUCCCAAGAGGCCCUUGAAGACCUCUACCUCGUCGUCCUAAUAGAUCGGAGCAACCAGACGAGUUCAACAGACAUGGGAACAGUGCAUGCGUGUCCUGAGUUGGAGUAUUCGAAUAUAGGGGAAGGCGUCAAGCAGCUACCCGGUACAAGCGAAGUGGAGUUGAAUAAUCAAAUGGCGUUCGAAUUGCUGCGGGUCCACCUACAAGACGGCAGGCGCGAAUGGCUCCUCCUCCGCAGUCUCGGAGAGGUAGACAUGAAUGAUCCCGAAGUUUUGGGGACAGCUGUGACACGUUUCCUGGAUAUAUUUCCAUCGAGGCACUAUGCCGUAGUUCUUUGGAACCACGGAUCGGCCUGGGCUGGGUUCGGUGAUGACGAGAGCAACCCGAACAACCAGCCUAUGAGCAUUCAUGACAUAGCAGUUGGACUAAAGAAUGGCAUCUCAAGAAGUAAACUAGGGAAGGUGGAUCGCUCUUUUCGCCUUUCACUCCUUGGCUUCGACGCCUGUCUCAUGGGUUCGUACGAUGUUCUGGAAGCUCUCGCCCCGCUGACCCAUUUCUUUCUAGCCAGCGAAGAAAAUGAACCAGGCCAUGGGUGGAACUAUAGGUCUAUGGAUCCUACCUCUCUCACCCGCAAACCACCUCCUCCUUACCGGACGGCCACAGCAUUCGAAUACGGCACAAGGUUCGUUUCGAGCUAUGGCCUUCACCCGCCUUCGUCCAAUGCGCUGACGCUUGCUCUCAUCGAAGGUCUAUAUUCCUGUGGGGGAAGCAACAUCACUCGUCGGGUAAGGCGAGCCCUUUCUCAGACCUUCAGCAUUCGAGGAUGCCGAAUGCUGGGCUUGUGCAGCUGCUAUGACUUGAACGACUUCCUCGCGAGCCUCUUGCAGCAGUUUGCUAAUGAUGAACAAGAUAUGGGGAGGAUCAGCCUUCAAACCCGUGGACAAGGAAACGAAACGCGAUGGGCUCUUAGCGACUUCAGGAAGCUGGCCAACCCACCAAAUACGCACCAGCGACUACUGGAAGAAUUGACGCAGCAAAUGCAGACGGUGAAUGCUUUUGGUGCCUCGCAACGAGCCUUAACGGACAAGGUUGUGGCGGCGCGAGUGCUCUUCAGAAAAAUGAUUGUUGCGGAGGUUGGUAGCAGGGAGCCCGGCAGAUAUGGCGGAUUGAGCAUAUAUUUUCCUGAUCCGAACAUGGCUGCCAAUUGUAAGACACAUCGAAAUGCGGUCAGCUGGGCACGUCGUUACACCAGUACCAUCCGUACAAAGUUCUCCUUCUUCGUUGCAUCCGUGCUAGCAAAUCGGAAAGGCAGUGUUUGCUACUCUCCAUGGGGGGGGCCCGGAACAACGGGACGAGAUAGUGCAGGCCCGGUGCCACAGCAAGCCGCAGAAGCUUCGCAGUGGUUUGGCGUCCUGUGUAGCCGGGUUCUCAAGCCUUUUCCCGAAAAAGACUCACUGGCAACUGUCGGUAUAUCAGCUGUGGUCCCAGCCAGCGUGGUUUCAGCCAUGAUGUUUACAGGUUUUGCAGCACGUUUCCGCAAAGGUAAUCAGCCAGAAAUAAUUGUGACAAGCACAGCGCAGGCGACAAUGACUGAUGCGGAGGUGAAGAGUUCUUCAGUUCCGCUGAAUUUCGGAGAAGCGCCCAUCGAAAGUCAUCAAGUAGAUAGGGGCACAGAAGACCUAGCAGGCAAGAAUGGCUCACAAGCACGGCGAGAAGCAGACCCGGCAGCAGGUCUUCGGGAAUUUACAGUAGUCCAGGGUUGGUGGGACACUCAAGUCUGGAUUCUGAGGCAACAGUUGCGCUUAGAUGACGAGUUAAAAGAUCCCAGACCCCUAGUAAACGGGCGAGGAAGUUCUGAUGGCGUUGAAGCAGUGCUUGUUGCGAUCCAGGAAGGGUCAGAGUCGUCGCGACUUGGAACAGGAAGAGCAACAACCUUUAGCUUUCCCUUCCUCUUCUUCAAGGAUGCGCUAGCUGCUGAGUGUUUGAAAGACCCUGUACUGCACACAGAAGCUUUGGAUACGCCGCAGAGCCAUCGGAAAGGUUUAGGAGCCCGUUCUACUUCCGGCGGUCCCCCAGGACGCAGUCUGACGGGUUUUCCAGGUAUUGAGAAGCGCGCCCUACAGGGCCGUCGUCACUUUUCUUCAGAGACUGUAGAUGCUGAUGAGGCAACUGUGAAGCGCCGCGUCCUGUCUACUCUUGUCUUACCUCUGGGUGUGCCAUCAAGAAAUAACGGAAGUCUUGAGGCCGCCGAAUUUCAGCCCCGAAAAUCCGGAAUACCCUUAGAAACUGUAGCGUCGGAAAUAUUCAAUAGUGGAAAACUAGGCUCCGAAAAUGAGUCAAGAGAAAGAUCAGAUUACACGCAUGCACGUCAGCUCUCCAGCAAGAGAGUCGGCUCACCAUCCUGGCUGCUCCACGAGCGUCUAGGACGGGAGCCACAGAGGCAGGAGGGGAAAAGGCGUCAGUGUGGAGCAAGAGCCUUUCUAUUGGCCUCCUGGGAAGAAGGGCAAACUGUGUCGAGCGACUUGGUCCUUUACGUGGUAGAGAACGAGCAAACAACGGAAUGGCCUCGGUCAAGAGGAGGCUUGCUAGUUCCAAUAGAACAUCGCCUCCGAAGAACCACGCUUUCCUAUGAAGAACUUGAAGAAGGUUUCCCGAAACCCCAGAAAGUAGUAUGCUCUGACUACGCGGCGAACCAAAGGCACCCACAGUGGCGUAUGAACUAG